AUGACACUGUCAAAAAUUAGCUUUGGCAUAAUUACUUUCAAAAAGUCAAUACAACAUCAAAUCCCAAAUAACUGUUGUUGGAAACACCUCAAACGUAUUCUUGAAUUGCCAUUCGGUGUCCCACAUUUCAAAUCUGCACGCGGACGUUACCAGCAAGUUAGGUUUGCACACCUCGGCAGAACUUUAUUAUUGGCUAGGAAGCCUGGAAGCAUACACCUUAUGUUCAAUAAGCAUUACUCCGAAAUAUCCUUUGGGCUAGGUGACCCCGCAAUAUCCUUGAUGUUAAAAGCCGAGAAUAUGCUGGAAGAGCAUGACAUAAUUGAAGAAAUAUCAAAAGAAGAAUUAAUCCAGUACCUGGAAACAUCAAGGAAAUCAGAGAGGUCACUUGUUGAGCAGAAUGGUAAUGAUAUCAACGAUGUCAACUCCGAAAACAUAGAUCAAGCUUGGGUUUAUUACACGAAACAAGAAGAGAAUGGACUUUUGGCGAAUCUACCCCUCAAAUUCAAAAUUCAUUUGUUGUAUUAUUUAAUCAAAUCAUCAAGAUUGGAGGAAGCGAGAAGGGUAAUUUCGCACUUGAGAACAAGAGAAAAUGGUAGAUGGUUGACAAACUAUUUGUCCGUCAUGGAAUGCUUGGCAACUCUUAAAUUAAAUGAGGCAAUUAACAGGUUCAAAGAGCUCAUAAUAGAAAAGGAAGAUUUACCGAGAUUCAAGGUAUUGUCUAGCUUGAUAUUGGCACUUCUAAAUAAAGAGAAUAUCAGGGGAACGGAAGAGCUAUUGUUUGCCGCAGAGCAAUACUUUGAUAAACCGUUACCGGUGGAAAUAUACAAUACCGUGAUGUCCGGAUACGUCAAGAGAAAAUGCUACAACAGAGCCUACUGGCUAUUAAAGAGGAUGAGACGGAAGAAUGUGGCGCCCAACCGGGUCACCUACAAUAUAUUAUUGAAGCUUUGUGCGAAGACGGGUAAGAGUGAGGAAGCAAUAGAUCUGUUCAAUGAUAUGUCACGUGCGAACAUAAUGCCAAAUGCUAGAACGUAUUCGGGUCUCUUCGAAGUAUUUGGGAAAACGGGGAACAUAAGCUUGUGCGAUCACUAUUUCAACCACAUGAUGUCCAUGGGAGUGGAACCCAAUUGCUAUACAUAUGGAAUUCUGAUAACUGCCUAUACGAGGUCCAAGAGAUAUAGGGAAGCCAGUCAAUGGUUUCGUCGCAUGGUGAAAUCCAAUGUGUCACCAACAUUGGUCACAUACACCAGUUUGUUGGUCGCGUGGACGAUACAGGUACAAUAUGAUGAGCGAAUUGUGGAUAGGAUUUUUAGGGACAUUAAGAGGUCUGGAAUCGACCUAGAUGUCGUAGCAUAUACAGCCUUUAUUCACGCCAAGGCGAAAGCCUUUAAUUUCGUUGAAGCAAUACAAAUCUAUCAGGACAUGCUAAAGAAUAAUAUAAAACCAAACGUGUACACCUAUACCGUUCUUAUUUCUGCCUCGGCAAAAUUGGGAGACUUGAAAACGUCUUUACAUUUGUUUGAUGACAUGAAGAAGGCAGGGAUUCAACCUAAUGAACAUACGUAUUGUUCCAUCAUGGACGCCUAUGCCAAAAACAGAAUGCUCUCAAAAGCUUUCGAAAUUCAUGAUGAAAUGUUGGCACAGGGAAUUCAACCUGACACAAUAUGCAUCAAUUGUCUGAUGGACGCUUGCAAUAGGGAGCGACAAAUUGAUCGGGUAUUUGAAUUGUACAAUAGGUUGCUUAUAGAUCCAAACCUUAAGCCAGAUGAAUGCAGUGUUACAAUUUUCCUCGAAUCUUGCACCUUCAAUGGCCGCGCAAUCGACGGCAAGACAUUUUUUGCUAAUUUGGUGAGAAAUUAUAGCGAGAUUUCGGAACGCAAUUUUUAUGCAUACAUUAAUCUGUUAGGGAUAAACAAUUACAACAACGAAAUUUUAGAUGUAAUAAAAUUGAUGAAGGAAAGACGUGUUACGCCAAAAAAAAUGACAUUAAUGUGUGCAUUACACUACAUUCGUAAAGUUAACCGGGACGAGGAUAAUAUUUAUAAAAUCAAGAGACUUCUUGUCGAUUGGGUUGACAAAUGCGUCUUCCCGCGUAAUAUAGAUAUGAUAAAAUUUGAAAAAUCUCAUCGAUUCUAA